GACGACUAGACUAAAAGAAACAAUACAUUCAUUCCCUUUCUCGGCAGCCACCUCCAAAGCAAGAAAAAGACAAUGCUCCGUUCGCGUCUACGGAACCUCCCCACCCCCAGCGUCCCAGCACCAGGACUACCUGAGGAACUCAACACCAAUAUCAAUGAAUCACCGGAGGAUGUGUUCGGUGUUUUCCGGUCGCACCUCUUCCCAGAUAGUAACCCGCCACCACAGCCAGGCGGCCCUGGCCAGGAGCUUCUCUACGGCACCCGCUGGGGCGACCUGAAGAUCAUGGUGCCCGGGUACCCGAGGCUAGAUGAUAAGCAUUCAGACGAGAAUGCUACAAAACCGGCAGAGAAAGACAACCAAGCCGAUCAGGUCAACGAGGGCCGCAAGCUAUUUGCUCAUUACCUAUGGAACGCAGCCAUAGUAGUGGCCGAGGGCGUAGAAGACGCAUAUUACAGCCGCGCAGAGACACCACAGCCCGAUAAGAAGAAAGAACCUCAUGGGCUAUGGCAGGUAGAAGGCGAGACCGUACUGGAACUAGGCGCCGGCGCCGCACUCCCCUCACUCAUCUGCGCCCUAGCCAACGCAGCCAAAGUGGUAGCAACAGAUCACCCAUCUUCACCCGCCCUCUCAGGCACAAUCGCCUCCAACAUAGCCUCCAAUCUGCACCAUCGCCCCACCGCAGAUGUCCCCAUCCAUCCCCAUGAAUGGGGCGUGUUCUCCGACCCAUUCGCCCGGCAAAACAAGGGCGCCUUUACCCGUAUCAUCGCCGCUGAUUGCUUCUGGCAGAAGUCGCAGCACGAGAGCCUCGCGCGCUCGAUGGCGUGGUUCCUUGCUCCUGGUGGCAAGGUCUGGGUGGUGUCCGAGCCGCAUUUGGGCCGCGUGGUCGUGGCGGAGUUUUUCGAGAUGAUGCUGGCUAUGGGGUUUGAGAUUGAGUUGGCCUUUGAGAGGGAUUUGGCGGCUUAUAUUGAGUCGGGGGUUGAGGUGCGGAGGGAAUGGGUGCCUGUAAGGGAGGGUGAAGACGAGCAUUGGAGACGGUGGUGUGUGAUUGCGGUUUUGAAACGGGGCGGCCGGUCUUGAUGUUGAGGAUUCAUGUGGAUUGGUG